AUGUUUCUGUCUGUUUCUGUUUCGGGUUCUGUUUCUGUUUAUGAUUCUGUUUCUGUUUCUGGUUUCUCCUUCUGUUUCUGGUUCUGUUUCUGUUUCUAUUUCUUUUUUUCUGUUUUUGUUUCUGUUUCUGCUUCUUUUCUGUUUUUGUUUCUGUUUCUGUUUCUGUUUUUGAUUCUGACUCUGUUUCUGGUUCUGGUUUUUGUUCCUUUUUCUGAUUCUCGUUCUCUUUCUCGUUCUGUUUCUCGUACUGUUUCUCUUUCUGGUUCUGGUUCUGUCUCUGUUUCUAUUUCUGUUUUUGCUUCUGUUUCUGUUUAUGUUUAUUAUUCUAUUUUAUUUUCUGUUUCUGGUUCUGUUCAUGUUUCUGGUUCUGUUUCCUAUUCUGUUUCUGUUUCUGUUCCUUUUUUUUUCCUUUUUGUUUUUUGUUCUGUUUCUGUUUGUGUUUUUAUUUCUGUCACCGUUUCUGUUACUAUUUCUGGUUCUGUUUCUGGUUCUGGUUCU